CCUCUUUACAAAGAGAGAGCGAGACAGAAUGAUUCUCUUCUCUUCUGUGUGACGAACAGACGCUCGUGAGGAUCGUGUCAGUAAACUAGAGGAGAUCUCAAACACCACUGGUGCACCCAGGAUAACUCUGGACGUCUUCAGUUGUUUUUCUUGUUGUUUAAAAAACGCUUUUGCUUCCAUCGCUGUCAAAACCAAUGAGAGACGCGGAGUUCAGCGACCAUUCUCACAUUGACGCGCACAUGAAGCGCUUUGACGCGGUUCUGGGUUUGAAGAGCGCGUGAAGAGUUCUGGACCCGUGCGUGACUGACCAUUAACACCAGCGCAUGCAUGCUUUCUGGAGCUGACACCCUCAUGCAUUACAAAGAACGAAUGCCGAAGUCUUUGAAAUAAGAGGAACGAGCAAAGAGGAUAGACUGCAUUGAAGAUCGGAGCGAGAGAGGAAGGAAGACAAGUGUGUACAGUACUUUUGGAAUUGGAAGGAAUACCAGACCGAAAUAAUGGGGAGGAAAAAGAUUCAGAUUGCACGGAUAAUGGACGAACGUAACAGACAGGUUACGUUUACAAAGAGGAAGUUUGGCCUAAUGAAGAAGGCCUACGAGCUGAGCGUUCUGUGUGACUGUGAGAUCGCCCUCAUCAUCUUCAACACCACUAAUAAACUGUUCCAGUAUGCCAGCACCGACAUGGACAAAGUUCUGCUCAAAUACACUGAGUACAAUGAACCCCAUGAGAGUCGGACUAAUUCGGACAUAGUGGAGACUCUGAGGAAGAAGGGUCUAAAUGGCUGUGACAGUCCUGAUAUUGAUGCUGAAGAUUCAGGCCACAGUCCAGAGUCUGAGGACAAAUAUCGUAAAAUCAACGAAGACAUUGACCUGAUGAUCAGCAGGCAGAGACUGUGUGCCAUCCCCCAGUCUAAUUAUGACAUGCCCAUCUCAAUCCCUGUGAGCAACCCCAACAGCCUGAUCUACAGCCACCCAGGAGCGUCCCUGGGCAACCCCAACAUGCUGCCGCUGGCUCACCCCUCCCUCCAGAGGAACAGCAUGUCCCCUGGAGUGACCCACCGGCCCCCGAGUGCAGGCAACACAGGUGGCCUUAUGGGUCCAGACCUCAGCAGCGGAGUGGGCAGCAGUGCUGGAAACGGGUAUGGAAACCACCGCAACUCCCCUGGUCUGCUGGUCUCUCCGGGGAGCAUGAGCAAGAACAUGCAGGCCAAAUCGCCUCCGCCCAUGACCAUGAGCAUGAGCAACCGCAAGCCUGACCUGCGCGUCCUGAUCCCUCCCGGCUCAAAGCACACCAUGCCCUCCAUCUCGGAGGAUAUUGACAUGUUGCUGAACCAGAGAAUAAACAACUCCCAGUCGGCCCAGUCUCUGAGCACACCGGUGGUGUCUGUAGCCACGCCCACUCUGCCAGGACAGGGAAUGGGCGGCUACCCAUCAGCCAUCUCUACCUCAUAUGGUACAGAAUAUUCUCUCAGCAGUGGAGACUUGUCCUCUCUGUCCGGUUUUAACAGCUCGGCUUCUUUUCAUCUGGGUUCGAUGACUGGCUGGCAGCAAAACAUGCAGCAUUCUGGUCUUGGACAUCUAGGGAACUGCACCAGCACACCGUUAUGUCAGAGCUCCACCCUCUCACUGCCAUCCAAUCAGAGCCUGCACAUCAAGUCCGAACCCGUCUCUCCUCCCCGAGACCGGGCCGGAGGCACCCCAGGCGGCUACGCUCAGCCUCCGCCCCCUCCUCUGCCUCAGCCGGGUCAGCUGCGGCAAGAUGCGGGCCGCUCUCCGGUCGACAGCCUGAGCAGCUGCGGCAGCUCGUAUGAGGGCAGUGACCGCGAGGAGCACCGCACCGACUUCCACUCGCCCAUGGGACUGAUGAGACCCUCUCAGGACGAGCGGCAUAGCCCGUCCGUCAAGCGCAUGCGUCUGUCCGAGGGCUGGGCCUCGUGAUCGCGGACGGCUUUUCUAUGCAAAGAUUUCACUUUAGUAUUAUUAUAUUUGUUUCUGCAGAGUGUGAGUGCUACAUCAAGUAUUAAAAUUGAUAUACAUAUAUAUAU